GCUGGAUGCGUGCCCCCUGCCUGCAUGCAGUGCCCCAUUCCCCCUCCUCGCAGAGACAGGCAGGUUCUACUCCAUACAGAACAUCUUCCAGACCAUGUACCACCUUGGCCAGGUGCUGUUCUGCCAUGUCCAGGGGUCUCUGCAAGAUACAGUGCCAUCCAGCUCCCAGGAGACUGGCCCAGGCCCAGAGAGUGCCUUGGAGGAGGUCGGGGUGGCUGAGAUGGCAGCAAUGAGAAAGCAGUUGACGAGGAUCUCGGGGAGGCUCUGUGUGCUGGAGGAGCAGUGCAAUGCCUGGCGGCAGAAGGAGGCCCUGGUCUACUCCGUGCUGAUCUCCGCCUGCCUCAUCAACACAUGGCUCUGGCUGAGGAAAUGA